AUGAUCUUGAUCCUGGUGAUCCUCAUUCCGGUGCUGGUGAGUUCCGUAGGCAUCGACGGACACUACGAGAUGCUGGGCACCUGCCGUAUGGUCUGCGACCCCUACCUGGGCAAGACCAGCACCACGACCAGCGCCAGCAGCAUCCGGAGCGAGGGCGCCGAAAGCCUGAGUAGCGCAAGUAGCGACCACAGCGGACUGCCCGCGCCAUCCACCCUCGUCCAGGGGCCCCAGGGCAAGCCGGGGCGGCCAGGCAAGCCAGGCCCGCCGGGGUCCCCGGGAGAGCCGGGCCCCCCGGGCCCGCGAGGUCCCCCGGGAGAGAGAGGAGAUCCUGGGAAAACCGGUCCGCCUGGCCUGCCCGGGCCGGGACUGAGCACGGGGGCCAUCAGUGCGGCCACCUACACCAUGGUGCCCCGCGUGGCCUUUUACGCCGGCCUCAAGAACCCUCACGAGGGCUACGAGAUACUCAAGUUCGACGACGUCGUAACCAACUUGGGAAACAACUAUGAUGCCGCCACGGGCAAGUUCACCUGCAACAUCCCGGGCACCUAUUUCUUCACCUACCACGUCCUGAUGCGCGGCGGCGACGGGACCAGCAUGUGGGCAGAUCUGUGCAAGAACGGGCAGGUGCGGGCCAGUGCCAUUGCACAGGAUGCUGAUCAAAACUACGACUAUGCUAGCAACAGUGUUAUCCUACACCUGGAUGCUGGGGACGAAGUUUUCAUUAAGCUUGAUGGAGGCAAAGCCCACGGAGGCAACAACAACAAAUACAGUACCUUUUCAGGUUUCAUAAUCUACUCAGACUGA